CGGCCCCGUGCUGGAUGGUAACGCAAAGUCCAACUUGCGCUGCCACCACCUGCCUGUAUUUCUUACCGCCUGGCCUCGAAAGCCGCGAUAUUAACCCAAGUAACCCCCAACCUGCGUUUUGGAGCGCGGAAAACGCGACUGUGGCGAGGCUGUCUUGCAGGCUGUCUCGCGGAACCGGAUACACCCAUCUUGUCGCGUGUUCGCUCGAUCUACUUAAACUGCUGCCAAUAAUUACAUGUCAUUCUCCGGCACACCGCUCGGACAAGGCAGACGGCUAGAUCACUACACUUUUCUCAACAAACCCAAGCCCAAACCUCAACAGAAAGAUCCUAAUUCUCCGCCGAAGUCCAGCCAUCUUAUCCCCACUUCUUACGCCUACGGGGCACCAAGCUCACCCCCCAAAGUCUCUAAGACAGCGUCUCGUGAGAGUCAAGGGGCUGCGGAGGAGGAAGACGACUCAUCAGAACCUGCUCUCGUCCGCUUUGCUCGUCUGAAACAGCGCCAACAGACGACCAUAGCCCCCGGAGGAACCAACCCUCUUGCCAAUCCCGAGAAGUGGAGUGUUAGAGAUACCACUGUCAACGUCGCAACCGCGUUCAGCCAAGCCGCUACCUCCGAAAUGCCACCCGCCCCGUCAGAUCCCAAUUCCUCUUGGGUUUCCGGGCGAAACAGACCCGCGGUACCCCGUAGCACAUCCGUGGAGUACGAGAAAGAGACCCACUCUACCACCAGUCGACGUCUAGCCGCCCCUCCUAGUCGGUUGGCCCCACCCCGGGCAACCCAGCCACCUCGAAGACCCAUCAGCAAACAACAAUCCAUACGGCAUGUGCCAGACUCGGAAGGUGAGGAAGAGGAAGUAAGCCUGAACGGCAGGGCGAAGAGUCCAUUCGAGCAGGCUGUCGACUUCACCAAACGGGCGCUUGCCCCUGCUACCUUCUAUUUGAGACAAAGGUCGCAGGAACCGCAGGAUACGUCCUCCGAACAGCAGCAGAAUCGUAGCAAUGGUGACUCGAGUCAUAGCUAUGAUUACUCUGCCGAGGAGCGCGAGUUCCAAUCGAACUUAAGCCAGGCAAAUGGCAAUGGGACGCAGAAGCCGAAUUCCUCCGCAUCCAGUCGUCGGGUUCAAGCGACUCAUCGUAAGAAUCGAAUGUCCACUGACAAUAAGGCCUAUCGCCCGAGUCAUUCAGAUCUCGAAGUGUCAGACGAGGAUGUCUCAGACGACGGGAAAAGGAGAAGAAGAAGAAAGAAGAAAAAGGAGCCUAUUGGGGGUCCUUUGACAACGUUGCCAGUUACUAGCUACGACAAGAGACGGAAGAAGAGAGUUGGGAAAGGUGGUGCGGGCGAAGACGCUGAAGAAAGUGGAAGUGACGAAUCUAGCGAUGACAUGGUCGAGGAACAAAGACGAAUCAAGACACCAUCUGCGCGUCCGCCGUUGUCCAAAGGGUCUGCGCCGCCCUCGCGGGCUUCCGCACGUGGUUCUGCGGCUCCUCAAACAGAGCCCUAUGACUCCGGCUUUGUAGAUACGUCCAUGGACGUUGAACAAGGUCUUGACUCUAUACCCGAACACGACGAAUACCCUCCCGAGGUGGACGAAACACAGUACACUGACGUACCCGCUCGAUCGACCUUCUCCGUCGGAGCCCUUUUGGGCAAAUUGGUAUACCUGGCUACCCGGGGCGUGAGAGGUACUCUGCAGUUUUUCCUGAGGCUUCUGGGGAUGCUCGCGAUGCUAGUUGGGAGAAUUGUAGGCACCGUCAUCGACGUUGUCUUCCGGCAACCAAUGCGGCUGCUCUCACAUACGAACUCCGCUGCGUUGAUGAAACUAUCUGCAUACGUCUUAGUAGGCGCAUGUGUCUAUGCCCUGUGGUAUCAGCUUCGCGACCCUUCCUCUUGGUCAUGGAUCCCGGCUUCGCGCCAGCGGACACCUUUUCAGGCCCCAGGUAUCCCCGCAGCUGACCUAGCGGAGCUCUCAGCUCGCCUGCAGACGCUCGAAAACGUCCUGUCUGGAUUGUCGCUAGAUCACCAGCGUGCACAGACCAAGCUGGAUAGCGAGUCUAAGGCGCAGGCGGAGCUUAUGGGACGAGUCGGCGACUUGGAAUCUCGAGUCCAGAAGGAAAGCUCUCGAAUACUGGAAGCGGAGAACCAGUUCAGGAGCACGGCAAGCAAGGGCCUUCAGGCUGUCAGAGAGGAGAUUGCCGCCCUGCAAGCGCAAAUCCAGGAGGGUGCUGGAGCAGCUACUCCUAGCGGCCCCUCGACCGAUGAAGAGGCCCGAGCCAAACUCAAGGAACUUGAGGAGCGCCUGGGAGGUGUCGAGGGAGGCGUCAAGGAAGCGUUGGAGUCGGCCAAGAGUAGCCUGAAGGUGCAAGGGCCCGGAGGUGCUACUGGCUGGUGGAACAAGAUCGCAGCAGGCUCGGGCGCGGCCUCAUCUUUGGUAAUCAAGUCGUCGGAUGGCCAGGAUGUCACAUCUCUCAUUGGACAUCUAGUCGACUCCGCAGUGUCAAGGUACUCCAAGGACAUUCUUGCUCGACCCGAUCUUGCCCUGCAUUCCGCUGGCGCCAGCAUUGUCCCCUCCCUGACCAGUGACACCUUUGAGCUGAGACCUGCCAAUAUUCCCGGCAAAGUCAUGGGAUGGGUUACUGGCUAUGGCUACGCCAUCGGACGCCCGCCUGUCACCGCCCUCCAUCAUGAACUCCACGCCGGCCAUUGCUGGCCCUUCGCUGGUUCCCAAGGCCAAUUGGGUGUCAUGCUUUCCCAUCCUGCUUACAUCUCCGAAGUAACCAUCGAUCAUGUCGCUAAGGAGGUUGCUUUUGACAUGCGGUCUGCACCUCGUGAGAUGGAGCUGUGGGGUCUAGUGGAAGGCAAAGACAACGUCCAGAAAAUACGCCGUUGGCAGGCCGAAAAGAGCAGGGCAAAGGAACAAGCCAGACUUGACGCAGAAGCACAGGGCGCUCCUCCUCCGGAGGAUGAGGAUGACAUCGAAUACCCUCGUACCUUGCCGAGUGACAGAUACGUCCGAAUCGCCAACUUCACGUACGACAUCAACUCGCCGAAUAAUAUCCAGACGUUCCCUGUAUCUGAGGGAAUAAAAGAUCUGGGGGUGGAUUUCGGUAUGGUCGUACUGCUGGUGAAGAGCAACUGGGGGAUGGAGGACUACACGUGCCUAUACCGGCUGCGCGUGCACGGCGAUAGGAUUGGUGAAGUUCCUCUCCCGUAUUCCGAAGACACGGCUUAAAUGUAUCUCUUCUUGUCUUCACUUCUUAUUCGUUUUUAUUAUCUUUUUUUUCUCUUUCCUCUCGCUUUUCAUUUAUAUCCUGUUUGUGGCUAAUAUGUUAUGAUCAUGGUUGGUUGCUAUCGGAGUAGGGGCUUUCAUUGCGAAUCCAUGUCUGUUAUCUUAGUACUGUCCCAGUCAUGAUUAUAGUACACCAAUGCUUGAUAUGCGCAUGCCCAUCAUGUAUACACACCCAAUGUAACAUAUAUCUGCAUGGAAACGAAUAUCUUUCAUACAUUCGC